AUGGCGGAGAUGUGCAGCCACCGGCCCUCGCUUACCCUCAGCAAGCUCCUCUACGUCCUCACCCUCCUCAUCCUCCCCCGCCACCACCACCACCACCAAAGCCCCUCCUCCCUUCCUCCCGCCGCCGCCCUCAUCGGCUAUGCUCUUUCCCUCUUCCACAGCAUCCCCAGCCCCUCCGCCUUCCCCCACAACCUCCUCAUGAGAGCUCACACCCUUCUCUCCUCCCCUCUCCCCGCCCUCCUCGUCUUCGCCCGCAUGCGCCGCGCCGCCGUGAACCCCGACUCCCACGCCUUCCCCUUCGCCCUCCAGGCCUGCGCAACCUUCCGCUCCCCCGCCCUCGGCCGGGACUUCCACUGCCAGGUCCUCAAGUUCGGCUUCGCCGCCGACUACUACGUCCGCAACAAUUUGAUUAGUGCGUACGCUCCAUUCCACUCCAUGCUUGAAGCCCAAGGCCUCUUCGACGAGUGCCCGUCGUCUCGUCACAUCGUCACCUACAACACCUUGAUGGACGGCUAUGUCAAGGUCGCUGACAACGCGUUUGCACGUAAGCUUUUCGACGAGAUGCCUGCAAGAGAUGCGACGUCGUGGGGCACGCUCUUGGCAGGCUACUCGAAGGUGGCCCGGUUCGAGGAAGCGAUCGAGCUCUUUGAUGGGAUGCUCGCGAUAGGAACGGCGCCCGACGAUGUUGCUUUGGCGAAGCCAUCCAUGAGUACAUCAAGAAGAACAGAGCUGAACUCAAUGUCUAUCUGUCCACGGGCCUGGUAG